CGGAGCCGCCCCGCAGCGCUGCCCGCCGGCGCGCCCCGCUCCCCGCCCUGCGCGGCGGCUCCGGCGCUGCCGCCGCCGCCGGCGGGGGUACUAUGCUCACGCGGGUGAAGUCCGCCGUGGCCAAUUUCAUGGGCGGCAUCAUGGCUGGCAGCGCGGGCGCCGACCACGGCAGCGGCGCGGACUUGCCCCUCCGCUUCCCCUAUGGGAGACCCGAGUUCCUGGGACUGUCCCCGGACGAGGUGGAGUGCUCCGCCGACCACAUCGCCCGCCCCAUCCUCAUCCUCAGCAAGGACACCCGACGCUUGCCCUGGACCACGGGCUACGCGGAGGUAAUAAAUGCAGGGAAGAGCACGCACAAUGAAGAUCAAGCCAGCUGUGAGGUCCUCUUUGUCAAGAAAAAAGCUGGAGGCAGUAAUUCUACACCAAACAAGAACUCAACAAAACGGAGGUCAUCGCUGCCCAAUGGAGAAGGUCUUCAGCUGAAAGAAAAUUCAGACACAGAUGGGAUCAACCUGUACUAUUGGUCCCUGUUUGAUGGACAUGCUGGGUCAGGGGCAGCUGUAGUCGCUUCCAAACUGCUGCAGCACCACAUCCUGGAACAGCUGCAGGAGAUUGUGGACAUCCUGAGGAACACAGCCGUCCUCCCACCCACCUGCUUGGGAGAGGAGCCUGACAACCCAUCCACCAACAGCAGGACACUGACACGGGCGGCCUCCCUGCGCGGUGGUGUGGGAGCCCCGGGCUCGCCCAGCACGCCUCCAACACGCUUCUUCACAGAGAAGAAGAUUCCACACGAGUGCCUGGUUAUUGGGGCCAUAGAAAGUGCAUUCAAGGAAAUGGAUUUGCAAAUAGAGAGAGAGAGGACCGUAUAUAACAUUUCUGGCGGCUGCACAGCCCUGGUGGUGGUGUAUUUGCUGGGGAAGCUUUAUGUGGCAAAUGCUGGUGACAGCAGAGCUAUAAUAAUCCGAAAUGGUGAAGUCAUUCCAAUGUCUUCAGAAUUCACUCCAGAGACUGAACGCCAGCGACUUCAGUAUCUGGCUUACAUGCAGCCUCACUUGCUGGGAAAUGAAUUCACACAUCUAGAGUUUCCACGGAGGGUGCAGCGCAAGGAAGUUGGAAAGAGGAUGCUGUACCGUGACUUCAACAUGACAGGCUGGGCAUACAAAACCAUUGAGGAAGAUGACUUGAAGUUUCCCCUUAUAUAUGGAGAAGGCAAGAAGGCGCGGGUUAUGGCAACAAUCGGAGUGACCCGAGGACUGGGAGACCAUGACCUGAAAGUGCAUGACUCCAAUAUAUACAUCAAACCUUUCCUGUCCUCAUCUCCUGAGGUGCGAGUCUAUGACCUCCUGCAGUAUGAGCAUGGGCCAGAUGAUGUUCUGAUCCUAGCUACUGAUGGACUCUGGGAUGUGCUGUUAAAUGAAGAAGUGGCAGAAGCUGUCACUAACUUUCUACCGAACUGUGACCCUGAUGAUCCCCACAGGUACACGCUGGCGGCACAGGACCUGGUGAUGCGAGCCAGGGGAGUGCUGAAGGACCGGGGCUGGCGGAUAUCCAACGACAGGCUGGGCUCUGGAGACGACAUCUCUGUCUACGUCAUCCCUUUGAUCCACGGGAACAAACAGUCAUGAAAGGAGCACCAAGAGUCGUUAUAGGAUGGGGAUCUUUUUGGGAAGGGCCUGUAAGAGACAAUAGGUUUUUGGUGGUCUGACCAGGACACUUCCAAUUGAUAUAAUCUAGUCAAAACUAAUGCUGGAGGAGUAUUUUUCUGCCCAAAAGGUAGGGUUCUGCACAUACACUGUAUAUGAUUAAAGAUAACCCUUAAGAUUCCAAUUUCCCUACAAAAAUGGUUUUGGUGCUUAACAGGAAUGGGAUUUAAAUGCUGCUAGCAUAUUAUAAAUUCUGUCAUCCCUCUAGUUGGGGUGGGGAAUUAAUUUUUUUCUCAGUUUACCAUGUAGCUUGGAAGAGCCAUUUCAGUUGUUGAAGUAGAAGUGGGUAUCAGAUGCCAAGGAGGCUCCUGAAAUCUACCCCUAAAUAUUCAGAAAGGGGCUUGGGUCACAUCUCAUUUAAGCAUAUAGAUAUACAUAUAUGAGACUCAAGCAUUUUCUUUCAGAAAGUUGUAUUUAUGACUUACCUAUGGACAACUUAAACUUGUGUAAUCCUUUGAGCCCCAUUUUCCUCUCCUGUCUCUUCUUCAGUAGACUGUACCUCCUGUAUUUUAGUAGGAAAACUGAAACUGGUUUCAGUGUAACUAUGCCUGUUUACUGCAGCUAAAAACAGUCACCUGCAAAGUUUUCCAGGAGAAAUAAGUCACAGUCCUGUAUGGCAGAAUUUAUUCUGGGGUGAGGAGUUACUUGUCAAGAUUUCUUGUUGUGUGUAUACCAUGAUUAUACAGAGCAUGCAAACUCAACUUUAUGUGAUGUUUACCUGGAGGCUGUGGUUUCUUUGGGAUCAGAGAUUUACAUUCAUUGGAUGGUUCUGCCUGCUUAUCCUGUUGAAAGGAUCCCUGACCAUAAAAUUUUUCCAUCAGUUGAGAUUUAGUAAAUUUGUUUGGGCUCCUGAGUGUGUUUUCAGUUGGACUUUUACUUGAAGUAGUAGUACUGCUCUCAUUAGCAAUUUGGAUACACAGACAGUGAUCUAUUUCAAAGGUUUUUCAGUUCUUCCUGCCUCAUCUAUUAUUCAGUAUACCUUUGCCUGCUUGACUGUGGUGAUCAGAAAGGGACAGCUUAAAACUUUCUUUCCUCUUGGCAUUGAGAAUUGUACUCAAGGAUCACAAGAUGACUGUGAUAGAUACAAGCCCUUGGCUUGCUUCAGAUCUUUUCUUAGCAGUGAUAAUUUAAAUAAAUAAAAUUUGUGUAAAACAUUUUUGACAUGAAAGCCAGGAGAGAAACAAGUGAAGAAGUUUGCAGUGUAACCUGGCUGCCUAGUCCAUGCAGGCAGCUCUCUUACUUCACUGGCAGGAAUUUAAGAGAAAACAAAAUCAGAAAGUUCUAUCAUGCAGGCAGGUAUAUUGGCUGGGGAGCUAACUUGCACCUGAUUUGUGCCCAGACCACAUUGGUGUGGAGCUGUUCAUCUGGUUUGUAGUUCUUCGAUAAGAAAAAAGACUGAGAGCUGACAUCAUUGUAGGGCACUGACUAGGGAGCUCACAAAUGGUGUGUCCUUUCCAAAAGAGAAGGAAAUGCUGUGCCCUUUGCAGGGUUUCUCCUGAACAGGCGUGGCCCAGAGCUUGCCAGUUCUGUAAUUUAUGAUGUGCUGUGUAAACACAGCGCAGCCCGAGUGCAGUGCAGCUGCCCAGAUGCUGUAUUUGACUGCCUCUGGAAGUACGGUUUGGUGUAUUCAAACUACUCUUGCUCCAAAUCUCUAGACCCAGAAGAGUUUCAGGAUAAAAGCAGGCAAUGUGGAGAGUGGAACAGCUCAAGCAUUGCAGCAAGCUGCAUGAUUCUGGCCUGAAAACUGUUCCAUGAGUUCCCCAGUGCCUCAUGUGAUAAAGCUAUACAGAAUGUAGCUGUUUUGUAGUCUAGAGCUUCAGUAUAAAUCAAUGGCAUAUCUGAUUAUGUGUUUUCAUGCUUUCUUUCCUGAUUUUUUUUCUCUUUACCUCUUUUUCUGUGUGCAUCUGGGUGAAAAGAGAGGCUUGGAGUCCAGAAUGUUUUUCACAUAGCCCCUCAUAUGUUUUAAAGUUUAAGAAAGAAGUCUUCUCUUGCACUUUUUGGCCUAAUAAACUUGUAAACAUGCUUUUCAUGCUCUAUGUAACUCCUGCUGUCUCUUCACAAAUGCAGUUGUGUAGUCCUCUAGCAAUUCAGAUCCUCUUUGACAAAGAAAUUAGUGCUGACAAAUCUGGUGAAAUCAUCUGAACAGCAAAGACGCUGGUGCUUGCUGGUACCAGCUACAAGCCCAGGUCAAAUAUUUCAGUGCUUAUGCACUGUUGGUCUUCAUUUGGUAAAAGUGUCAAUGCACAUACCAGUUGCUAUAAAACCACUGAGUGCAGUGUGGUGGAAAUAGAUUUCCAGUGUAGCAUUUGCCAAAAUUUGAAAGUGAAAUUUCAAUGGCAAUGGAAAAGGCACCUUCUCAUUCAAGGGUGUUUUUAAAUGUACCCCUGAAGAGAUGGGUUAGCAGACUGCAUGACUUGGUGGGACAAACUGGCAGGUGACUUCUCAGAGCAUGAUCUGGUGGGCUAGUGAAUCAGCCUGCACAGUGUUUGCUGUUCAUCUGAGGCACUGCCAUCCGUCAGGAGCUUCUCUGCAGCAAUUGGGCUCAGGCUGAGUUACGUUCAUUGUCAGCCCCUCUCCCAGAAAGGGCAGAAAUACAGUAUCAACAAUUAGUAUCAAUUAAUGAAUUCUGAGAACUUUAGUAAAAGGUUUUAUACUCAGAUGUAUGUGACUGAAAUUAUGCUGUGAUGCUUUUUGUUUUGCUUUCUUGCAAAGUAUCUGUUACAUAUUUAGGUGCUUGCCUCCCUGGAGUGUCUGGCACAUCUGUGAUCCAUGCAGUAGUACUUGGGCUUUCACUUUUACCUGUUUCAGUAGGAGGUUCUUGCAUACCUGAGCUGGGGUCAUGCUCUGCUUCAAGGCAUAGUAUUAAUACAUAUACACACCUAAGGUUCACAGAAACAACAGGCAGGAGUCAUUUAUUGUGGAGGUGUUAUGUGAGAAGCAGUAAUUAAAGGCACUUCCAAUUCCCUUCAAAGGCUGAAUUACUUUGCAUUGCACAGCAUUAGAAAACACUGAUAGCAGGGAGGAUACCUGGUGCACAGUGCCGUUUUUCAGAUUCAGGAUGGGUACUGCCAUGUUCAGACUUGCAGCUGCUCUAGUGCUCAGUGAAGCUCCUAAGUUAGGGACAGCUUGUAUCCUCCAACUGAAGCAAGUUAGACACCAAGUCCAAAUUUUAGAUCCCUGGCAUAUCAUCUUAGUUACUGCCUGAUGCCAGCAGUGCUCUGGCUUUUUGCCAGUCUAGUUUCCUGGGUAUCCAAAACUGCUACAGCCUCAGCAACAAGGAACCUCAGUCCUGAGUUACAUCUGCAUUCAUAUUGCUAUUGCACACAUGCUCUGCCUGGCCUGUGCAGAGGCACUGCUUAGAAAGUUGGGCAAAUUCUUGUCCUUCUUUGGAUAAUGGCAGGGAAAGGUGCCAGUAAAGGAGUUCCAGUGAGCUGCAGUGUAGGACUGUCUUCUGCUGCCUUGUCCAGUCCCAUUUCUAGAGACUCAAAACCAAGAAGCUUUUACCAUUCUCCCAGAAAUACUGUUGCAGAAAGUAGAACAGCCAUUUCAGAUAUUUUUUACUUACACUACAGCCUAAAAUUUUCUUUAAUUUUAUGGAGAAGGUGGUUAGAAAUUUAAUUUACACCAGAUUAUGUAAUACACAACCAUCUUUUGGUGCAUUAAGACAAUACUGCUUCCUUCAUGAACACAAAAGUGUCUGAGAGGGCUGCUGUUCAGUGGCCUCACACUGGAGAGUUUUUUUUUUUAUAAAUUCUAAGAAACAACAGGGCUAACAGACUAAAUGAAAAGUGGUCAUAAUCUGCUGUUAAUAGUGAAUUUCUAUUUGCAGUUACUUCUGUGUUGAAAUAUGACAAGAGGUUUUGUGAGGUACUGUCAACUCUGUCCCUCCAGGAUGUUUCUGAAGAACUGCUCUUGAUGUUUGGGCAGAUUUUGGCUCUGAACUUCUGCUAGGUUUUUAAAGAACACUACGUGCUUUGAGCAAAUCUGCUGUGUUUCUUCCAGCCUUGGUGUUUUCCUUUUAUUUUACAUUUUAUGUACUAAUACUUUCAGCAUUUUUCUAUCAAACAUGAAUGGCAAACUGUGUGAAACUAUUGUUCCUCCCAGACAUUUUAGGUAUGUAAGUAGUUUUCCUCCAUGUGUCCUAGAUGAAGACUCAGUGAUGUGGCUGUCAUAGAGAGAGUGACUAAAUGAUGCUGUAUCUGUGCUGCUGUAUUUCUACCUGUGAUGUACUUGAAGGAGGAUGCCCUUCUCCACCUCCAUGCUCAUUCUGUUUUCUUUUUUUUUUUAAUCCAUUGCUGUUGGUGUUCUUUCAUAGGUGUCUAAUUUUGAUUUUUUUUUUUAAUACCUGCCACAGUUAUCUUUCCUUCAAUGGGCAGUUCAUCUUAAUAUCUUGAGAUCUGUACAACUGUCUAGGGUUUACAUGUCCUGAAGAAAGGAGGACCUGCUGGAGGAAGAUGUUUUGGACCAAUGUACUUCUGCUUUGUGACUGUGAAAUGUUAAUCUUUUUGUAACCUAAGAACAAAAAAUGUUUAGUAAAGGGAUAUAUUUUGUGUUUUUGAAACUUUUCAGUGCAAUGAACAAAAAAGGAGGAUACUGAAGAAGUGUAUGUGCAAAGUUUUAAAAUAAAAUUUUAAAUUAUAUAUUA